CGCCCGCUCAGGGUACGCUGUACACCAAAUCGACACAGCGCUGGAUCCUGAACCCACGUGGAGAAGCUCCUGGAAACGUGGCCGCUCGCUUCACUUGUGUUGACGGAGCUGAUGACUCAGAACCAACAGAUCGAUCCCAGAGACGUCGAUGCGAAGGGUCAGAGAAUGAGAACCCAGAGGAACCAGAGCUCAUCCUGAGGACUCACAGUCUCCUGACAGGCUUUAUUGAUCAUUAAAGUUUAUAUUUGUGUCGUGCACAUCACAGCUGGCUGCAGGAAACACAACAGGCAAGCUGCUUGGAGGUCUCCAUCGUCAGCCCUCGGACCCGGAGGCGUGAUGGAUCCUCUGGGUGCUCGCUCCCAGUUCGUGGACAUCCAGACUCUCCCAACGUGGCAGCAGCAGCUCGGCGAGGACGGCGGCGAGGAGACGCCGCUGCACCGGAGCGACGACCAGCAGGCCUUCACCUCGCCCUUCCCCUUCAGACCAGACAUCAACCGCAAGAUCAUCCUCUUCUGUGGUGACAUCGCCCUGCUGAACUGCACCGCCAUCCUGAACACCAGCAACGAGUAUCUCAACGACAAGAACCCCGUGUCCGACAGCGUCCACCAGCUGGCCGGACCCGAGCUACGAGACGAGCUGCUCAAACUCAAAGGAUGUCGGACAGGAGAGGCAAAGCUGACCAAAGGCUUCAACCUGGCAGCGAGGUUCAUCGUCCACACGGUCGGACCGAAGUACAAAACAAAGUACAGGACGGCUGCAGAGAGCUCGCUGUUCAGCUGCUACAGGAACACCAUGCAGCUGGCCGCAGAGCAGUCGAUGUCGUCGGUCGGCCUCUGUGUGGUGACCACGACCAAAAGAGGUUACCCACUGGAGGACGCCACACACAUCGCUUUCAGAACAGUGCGAAGGUUCCUGGAGAACCAUGGAAACAGCCUGGAUGCCGUGGUGUUCACAGUGACCGACACAGAGGAGCCGACGUACAAGAAGCUGCUGCCUCUGUACUUCCCUCGCUCUGAGGAAGAGGAGACGUCCUGCCUUCCUCUCAUCCCGUCCGACAUCGGCAACUCUGAGGGGGAACCCGUCGUCCCGGAGAGACAGAUCCGCAUCGCCGAGAAACCAGGCACCCUGGAAGAUGAUUCUGAAGAGGAGAGUCUGAAGUCCGACCUGGGUCAGGUGGGGACUCACGCUUUCGCCCGCAUGGAGGGUGACGUGGACAAACAGCGAAAACAGAUCCUGCAGGGCCAGAUGUCAGAGGCGGCCAUCUUGAAACAACACCAGAGGAAUUACAGUCGCUGGUUGUGUCGGGCGAGAGCAGAGGAUCUGUCAGACAUCGCUGCACUGAAAGCUUUAUAUCAAACUGGUGUGGACAUGUGUGGCAGGACAGUGAUGAUUCUGGUUGGACGGAACAUCCCAGUGACGCUCAUUGACAUCGAAAAGGCGCUGCUGUACUUCAUCCACGUCAUGGACCACAUCACGGUGAAGGAGUAUGUGAUGGUUUACUUCCACACGCUGACCGGAGAGCACAACCACCUGGACUCCGAGUUCCUCAAGAACCUCUACGACAUCGUGGACGCCAAGUUUAAAAAGAAUUUAAAGGCCUUCUACUUUGUACAUCCAACAUUUCGCUCUAAGGUCUCGACGUGGUUCUUCACCACCUUCAGCGUGUCGGGGAUGAAGGACAAGGUUCGCUACCUGGACAACCUGCAGCAGCUCUUCACCUGCAUCAAACCCGAGCAGAUCGACAUCCCUCCGUUUGUCCUGGACUACGACUCACGGGUAAGCAGCACAAAUUUACAGAGAGUCCUCCAGCCUGUGACAGGAGGCCGAUCGGACCUCUCUGCCGGGAUGACGAUGAGCCGUCAGUCUGCUGAAUCCAUGUAUGGACCUGCUGUUGUCCCGUGUGGCUCGGAACUCCUAACCUCCUCAUAG